GUAGAAAGGAGGAGAGUAGUUAUUCAUUUUGUGCAGCACUCUGGUCUGUGUGCGAGCCUUUUGAGACUCCACAACUUUCUUCUUUGCUUUGUAGUAUAACUAUAAACCAUUUAGUGACUACAUAGAAAUAGAGAGAUAUAUAGAUAGAGUCUUUGCUUUCAAAGUAGAGUAAAGUCUACACUUGCUUCGCGAAACCACACUCCUCUUCUAAAUACCCUUUAUUUAUUUCUUUCUUUUGCAACAAUAUAUAUAAUACCCGAAACCCUUCUCUUUUAUAGUUUCUCUACCCACACUAUCUUAAUUAAGUUGUCACAGAUGGAGCUAGCUUUGAGCUUAGGCGACACACCCAAAACCGUCUCUUUGGCCACAAAAAAUGAUUCAGUGAGUUUGUGCAUAGCACUGGCUGAUGACAAAAGGGGUUCUUCAUAUCCACCCGUUCAGCUCGACCUUCUUCCUUCAACACCAGUUCUUCCUUUUUCACACUCACACCUUCGAAUUCCAUGGCUCUCCGAUGCACUGGGUAUGGAACGUGUGACAUCAGAGAUUCCGGUGAGGGUGGUGGAUGACACCGACGAUGGUGCUGCACUUUCAUCUCCCAACAGUGCAGUGUCAUCUUUUCAGAUGGAUUAUUGUGUCAGGAACAAUAGAAAGUCUAGUGAAGGUGCCAGCGAUGACGACGAAAAUGGCUCAUCAAGGAAGAAACUAAGACUCUCCAAACAACAAUCAGCUUUCCUCGAAGACAGCUUCAAAGAACACACCACUCUCAAUCCCAAGCAAAAACUUGCACUUGCAAAACAGUUAAAUCUCCGUCCCCGUCAGGUGGAAGUUUGGUUUCAGAACAGAAGGGCAAGGACAAAGUUGAAGCAGACAGAAGUGGAUUGUGAGUACUUAAAGAGAUGCUGCGAGAGUCUGACAGAAGAGAAUAGGAGAUUGCAGAAGGAACUGCAAGAACUGAGGGCUUUGAAAACAUGUCAACCGUUUUUCAUGCAGCUUCCAGCUACCACCCUCACCAUGUGUCCCGCUUGUGAACGCGUCGCCACCAACACCGCCACCGGAGCCGCCGCCGCCGCCGCUUCCACCACCACCACCAAUAAUAAUAAUGCCUCUGCCCCCACCAACAAUAAUAGUGUUUCUCAAAUCUCUGCUGCGAUGUCUGUUGACAAGCCCAGAAUAUUGCCCUGACCUAAUGGUCAAGCCCACCUGCAGCAGGCCCAGAUGGCCCAUCAGAUUGCUUUAUCAUCUGAUUGACCUCUUUUUGUCGUUUAGGUAUAAUAAUAAUAAAUUAAUAAUGUAUAUCAAAGAGGACAAAAAAUCAUUUUCGUAUUUUCU